AAGGCUUCCCCUCUCAUCACAGAGCACAGAGUCCCAGGACUCUCCAGAACAACAUUCAGACAGAGCAGGCUCCAGGGGCCACCACGAUGCCCAUCCGUACCUCCCCGUGCCCCCUGCCUCUGCCAUCCCUGCUCUUGCCUCUCCUGCUGGGACUCACAGGAGCGGCAGGUGCGGAGGAGCUACAGGUGAUUCAGCCUGAGAAGUCAGUAUCCUUCGCAGCCAAAGAGACGGCCACUCUGCGCUGCACCCUGACCUCCCUGCUCCCCGUGGGGAACGUCCAGUGGUUCAGGGGGACAGGCCCAGGCCGUGAGUUAAUCUACAAUUUCAAAGGAGGCCACUUCCCUCGAGUAACAAAUAUUGGAAACACCACAAAGAGAAACAACACGGACUAUUCUGUCCGCAUCAGUAACAUCACCCCAGCAGACGCCGGUAUCUACUACUGUGUGAAGUUCCAGAAAGGGAGCCCUGAUGACGUGGAGUUUAAGUCUGGACCAGGCACCAAGUUGUUUGUGCGUGCUAAGCCCUCUCUUCCAGAGGUCUCUGGUCCCUCAAACAGGGCCAGCCCAGGAGAUGGAGUGAAUCUAACCUGCACAUCAACUGGCUUCUUUCCCAAAAAUGUAUAUCUGAAAUGGUUUGAAAAUGGAGUGGAGCUUCCAGCCCGUCAGACUGACAUCUUCCCACCUGGAGACGCUUUCUCCUACACCAUUAUCAGCACCACCCUGGUGACUCUUGCCCUCUCCUCACUCCACUCCCAGGUCACCUGCCAAGUGGCUCACAGUGAAUUGCAGAGCCCCCUCAGUAGCCAUGUGAACAUCUCCAAAUUCCUCCACGUUGUGCCCACAGUGAAUGUAUCGAUACACCGUGUCCCAAGUCUCCAGGCGGCCAUCCUCGCCUGCCAUGUGCAAAGGUUUUACCCCGAAGGCAUACAAAUCACCUGGAUGCAGAAGAACGGAUGUUUCCAGACCUGUGAGGCUGUCGCCCCCACCAAGAACCCAGAUGGUACAUUCAGCCAAGACAGUCAUCUCCUGGUCAACGCCUCAGAGGACAAAGGGCUGUUCACCUGCCAAGUGGGGCGUGAGGCUCAGACAUGGGUCCAGGCCAGCGUGCAGCUGAGCGAGUUUAGAGAAAAGCAAGCGAGUUGGGGUGCCAUAGCAUCCAGCUCCCUCUUUGGGACCCUCCUCCUGCUUGGCUGGAAGCUGAUUCCCCUGAUUGCACUUUCCAUCAUCUACGUCCUCAGGAGGAGCCUCCCUUCCAGGAGGACUGACCCAGGAGGGACACUUGCCGUGAUGCCUGCAGCUGCUACUGCAGCUUCUCCCGCCUCAUCCGCCCUCUGAGACCUGUCCAGUGUGGCUGCCCCUCCCUGUCUGCUGCAGCCCCCAGAGUGGGUGACAGCCUGGACUGGGAAUAUCAGUAGUGAGAGGUGGGCUUCACAUCCUAUGCAGGAAGAAGCUUCUCUCAAGAUUCAGGGCACGAAGUCCAUGAUCCUGAGCAAGAAACCAGCAGAGGCAGGACAGGCUCCUGCCCAGGGGCAGACACAUACCUGCAGUUCUGAAGGCCCCUUCCUGGCUCCUCAAGGAAAGCCCAUUGUGGGUGGGGUUAAAGCAAACACUUGUGGCCAAUA